GCAGUUCCCACAUCUUACAUCGUUAUACUGCAGACGUCAAGAAAUAGGUUUGUAUGUUCCGUUAUACCCAUCACUACAGUUAUAAUUUGAUCCUAUGAAAAUGUUGCGUGUUGGUAGUUGGUACCCAUGAAUGUUGACACUCUUGAGCCUUGACGACAGUUACUUGUCAAAUGUCUCUUUUUGGCAGGCGAUAUUGAAGAUGUCGUCUAAAAUAAUAAAACCUGGGAAUGCAGCCGCAGACGAGUUCGAACUGCAAGUGGCCCAGGCUCUUCUGGAGCUGGAAAUGAACUCGGACUUGAAGGCCCAGCUGAGAGAAUUGCACAUUACGAAAGCUAGGGAAAUCGAAUUGAAUAACAAGAAGUCGGUAAUCAUCUACGUGCCCAUGCCAAAAUUGAAGCAAUUCCAAAAAGUGCAGACUCGCCUGGUGCGAGAGCUAGAAAAGAAAUUCAGUGGCAAGCAUGUGGUAUUUGUAGGCGAGAGAAAGAUCCUACCAAAGCCGACAAGGAAGACCCGCGCAAAAAACAAGCAGAAGCGCCCUAGAUCUCGUACACUCACGGCAGUGUAUGAUGCUAUCUUGGAGGAUUUGGUUUUCCCCGCCGAGAUUGUCGGCAAGAGGAUUAGAGUCCGUCUGGAUGGAUCCCAACUGAUCAAGGUGCAUCUAGACAAGAAUCAGCAAACGACGAUUGAACAUAAGGUGAGAUUCAUGUGAAGAUAUAUGAUCAAUUAAUUUUUUAACAUUUUUUAUUUCAAAAUACGGGGUAAUUUGUGUCCCGACAAAAAUUUUGUCAUAACACACCUAAAAUGCAGUAGCCUAAAGACUUUAUUAUCGAUUGUGAUAAAAAUGCUGUCACGCAAAAAAACGAUACAAGUGACAGGGACAAACUAUUCAUAUUUUCAACUGUUUGUUCCAGUGAUAUGGAGACAAUAGUUGCUAGCGAUAAAACAAAUUAUAUCAGCUGGACGACAAACAUGUAUAGGUUAAGAAAUUUUGCGAACUCAAAAUUUAUUUUUAUUUAAUUAUAUAUGUUUCAGGUCGAUACAUUUGCAUCUGUUUACAAGAAGUUGACAGGCCGGGAGGUUACUUUUGAAUUUCCUGAACCCUACUUAUAAGUUUGUAAAAUAUUUAAUAAAAAUGGUUUG